ACAUAUGCUGGCAUCCAGGCUGGAGAGAGAAGAGAGUGAGACCCUGGUGAAUGAGAUGGAGGAGAUGAGUGGAAGAGCUGACGUGACCCUGGACCCAGACACUGCCAACCCCUUCCUCAUCCUGGCCAGUGACCAGCGAAGGGUGGGACGGGGGGACGAGUGGACGUCGCUGCCCAACACCCCCGAGCGGUUCGACACGGAGCCGUGUGUGCUGGGCAGGCAGGGCUUUGCUGAGGGGAGACACUGCUGGCAGGUGGAGGUGGCUGAGGCGGGGGACUGGUGGGCUGUGGGGGUGGCCCAGGAGUCUGUCAGGAGGAAGGGGGUCCUGAGCUUUACCCCCCGGGAGGGGAUCUGGGCCGUGGGGCAGUGGUUUGGACAAUACCAUGCAUUUACUGACCCUGACUGGACCCCUCUGCACCUUGCCUACCUCCCCAGGGCCAUCCAGGUCUGCCUGGACUUCGGGGACAAGCAGGUAGCAUUUGCUGAUGCUGAAAAUGAAGCUCCAAUCUUUGCUUUCUGCCUGGCCUCGUGUCCUGGGGAGAGGCUGCACCCCUGGCUCUGGGUGGGGACGGGCUCGUGGCUCCAGCUGUGCCCCUGACACGUGGAGGGAGCACGGGGGGGGGAAGGGGAGAGACUGGAAAGGCAAACACCAUCACCGUGGGUCUGGGAACUGGUAGGGUUCUUCUGUGUCCUGCUGGCUUCUCCGCACGUGGUUCCUCUGGCCACCAAGUAGAGGACUGGCAGGUCAUGGAGGUGGAUGCCACCACAGAGCCUCCUUCACCCCACCCAGCCCUCGGCUGGGACUGCAGGGAGAGCACCGAGGCUCGGAGCAUGGAGGAGCUUGGUGCCAGGAGGGCCAAGGGCAGGCAGGUGGCACUGAGUGCCAGGGCACCUGCAAAGUUGCUCUGUCCAAGGCCACGGAAAACACAGCAGGUAGUAAAAGGUGCUGGAGCAGUGCCUCGGGCUUUUUGCUAUUAAUAUGAAAUUAAAAAACCUCAAGCAUAGCUGGGUGCUGAUGAUAACACUUAUCUUCCCCACACAUCCAAACCUCUCCUUGCCUCCCCUCCACUCGUCACUGGCACGUGCACCAAGCACCUUUCUUGCAGCAGGGGCCUGGGAGCAGCUCUAGGGGCAGCCCAGGAAGGGAGGCACAAAGCUGAGCAGGGUCUGGAGUCCACGGGAGAGGCAAUUCCCAUAGAUCUGCCAUUCUCUGAUCUCUCCCCAUCAAGGUCUCCUUUUCCUUACAUAGAACAGACUAGACUGGAAUAUUCCACUUGGAAGGGACCUAUAAUGAUCACCUCAUCCUGAACCCUGCAGGGCUGACCAAAAGUAAAGCUUGUUACUAAAGCCAUUGUCCAAUUGCCUCUUAAACACUGACAGGCCUGGGGCACUGACCAGCUCUCGAGGAAGACUGUUCCAGACCACCCUCUUGGUAAAGAAAUGCUCCCUCAUGUCUAGUUGGAACCUCCCCUGGAGCAGCUUUGAACCAUUCCCAGGUGUCCUGUCCCUGGAUCCCAGGGAGAAGAGCUCAGCACCUCCCUCUCCAUGUCCCCUCCUUAGGAAGCUGCAGAGCAACAAGCCUCCUUUUCUCCAAAGGAGACAAGCCCAGAGCCCUCAGCUGCUCCUCACAGGACAGCACUAGAUCUGCUCUGGAGAACUGGUAUUUUGCAGGAAAGAACACUCAGAGACAUUCCAGACAUGGAAAGUUGGGGAGGUCUCAUCCCACAGGAUCCUGCUAAAUCCUGCCCUUAAGAGAGGAGAAGGUGAAUGUAAGUGAAGGGGAACCUUGUCCUUGGUCCAGCCUGGAAUUCCUCCUCAGGCACGUUGCUGGUUGGACCCUCUUAGUGCCACCUCAGUUGUCAUCUUUGUGGUGACAUCUGGGCACAGGCAAGAGAAUUUGCCUCUGUGAUCUACUCCAGUAGCUGCAAAGAGUUGCAGCGCUGGGUCAGGCCCAGUUAUCUUCCUCCAGAGCCCUGCUCUAACCCUCUUCCAAUGUGGUGGGACCAAGACUGGGGAAACCCAUGGAUCUCUGCUCACAGCAGGGCAAUUCCUACCCUCCAUGGGCAGAUGACAAGGGGCACAGGCUGGGCACAGGUCACUGGGUGGUGAGCAAUUGUACUGGACAUGGCUUGCUCCUCUUGGGUUUUAUUUUUGUGAUUAUGAUUACUAUUGUCAUUAACAUUAUGUUUUACAUUGUUUCAAAUAUUAAACUGUUCUUAUGUCAACCCACAAGUUUUUUUUUUCCUUUUUUCCCCCCAUCCCACUUUUGGGGGGCUGUGUGACCGAGUCACUGUGUGAUGUUUAGUUGUCAGCUGGGGUUGCACCACAACAGGAUUUCAUGGCAGAAGGUUUGGAGAUGGAGAUGGCAGAAGAUUUGUAAGCUUUGGUUCUGUCCCUUGUCCUGGGAAACACCCCAAAGGAGUUGUGCUGUACAUUGAGGGACACCUACUUCAAUCAAAAAGAAGAAAUUCCUUUCUGAAAGCCAGCUCAGGAAAGCUGGAUUUUUCAGCAGAUUGGUCCCCUGGAUCCUCUUCACUGGAAUUUUGUGGUUUGGAGGGGGAGAAAAGGUUUAAUGGGUUCCUGUUUGCUGUACCCCCCGAAAAUUA